AUGGAAUGGGGGGGGGGGCACCCAGGGAGCCCCCGCUCAGCACUCGAGAACAGCAGCAGCAUGGAUCGCAUGGCGUGGCUUUGUGCUGUCCUCACUGCGGCUGGCCUGGUGAUCCUCGGCACAGGUCCCUGCGAGGUGAAGAGCGCUUCUGUGUCGCCCGGGCGUCAAGCCGACGCCGCCGCCCCGGCUGCACGCGGAGUGUUCGUGCGAGGGGACCAGGCCGCGGGGUUCCUGCACAAGGCCGGCAGGGCCAGACGCUCACCAAAGUCACGUGCCGAGCAACUCAUGGAGGCGCGCGUGACGCUCACCGCGGACCGCAGGCGCAGCGAGCACCGCGAGGAGCAGCUCGCUCGCUGGGAGAACUGGGUCGAGGAGGAGAAGACAGAGUCCUACGAACGCCACCGUGAGUCGAGCGAGCAGUGGCGCGAGUGGCACUUCGACGGGGUCUACCCGCCCUACCAGUAAACACCAAAGGCGUCGCCCUACUCAGAGGCAACGAAGACGGGUAGUGGUGGCCAGGAGAGAUGUGGCAUGUUAGAAUAUCAAGCCCAUCGUCAUCAUCAUCAUUAACUCUUGCUGCCGUGUCUGUCUGCUGGCCGAGUCACAGUUAAAAAAAAGCUGUGUAGCUCAAAGGGCAAUUUACGCAGACAAUAAACUUCUGAUUAUGAUUCUGAUCAUCAGCCAUGGUCUAGCCACUCCCGGAUGAAAGCUUGCCCAAGCUGUUGCCAUUUUUUGAUCAGCGCUGCGAUGCGGCAAUCCGUUUAGCAUUCGAACACAAGCCAGGAUGACAACAUUCGAUCACAAGCCAGGAUGACAACAUUCGAUCACAAGCCAGGAUGACAACAUUCGAUCACAAGCCAGGAUGACAACAUUCGAUCACAAGCCAGGAAGUCCUCUUGGACGCGUUCGCCCGUCUGGCUGCCACUCCAUCGUUGGUCUUGACCAUCAUUAUCUACCUUUGUUGCGACUUGACCUCUCCAAGACCACUUACAAUUCUUACAGUCAAUAAGAAGUUAGCCCACAUGUGCUCCGUAUCCUGUGUCAACAAUGGAACCGGCGAUCAUGAAGGUCGUAGAGAGGCCUUAGAGGACAUGCGUAGAAAGGUUAUUUUGGCUAACUAUAGGUUCACCAGGAACCCAGCUGGCAUUAAGACGUUACACUUGCUCAAAGGAGGAUGAUGUUACUAUUCACCUGUUACGCUUGGUUACCCAGGAAAGCCACACCGAAGUCUCACGACUCUUGUUUUCAGGAGGGCCCUGCCAGGUUUUGGCAGUAGGGAGGGGGGGGGUGAUUGCUGCUGCCACUCGUAAUCCCAAUUGAGUACUGCAAUUUGCGGGUAAUUUUUGGAAUUUGAACCGUGACACCGGCACGCAACGGCCAACUCUUUCGAAUGACGUCAAGGGAUCUUUAACAUCCACUGUCAGGCACACGCAGCGCGGUACUUUUAAGAGAUAAGACACCCGCAGUAUUACUCAGCGUGACCGCUGGAUUCACUUUUCUCAAAUAAUUCCCCCAGUGGGUAAUCAAACAAAAUAGAUUGCAUGUAUAGAGUAUAUUCAUCAUAUUUGUGGAGAACUAUAUGUAAUAUAGAGCCAGCAUUGGCACGAUCAAGUCGUUGCAGGGCUGCACUUUUAUA